UGCAAGCUGCAGUUGGAAGAGCGGCUGAAACCUCAUGCGUCUCUUGGCUCAUAAGUAUCAAUGGGAAUUUGCACCAUGGCUGUUCUCAUCAAGUGUCUCCUCUUGAUGGUUUUAUUUUUGAGCUGGCCUGGCCUGGGCAAAGCAGCUCAGCGCAGGGAGUACAAUAUAGCGGCUCAGUUCGUGAUCUGGAGCUACAAUUCCCAGCAUGAGGAGCUGCCUAGAUCACUAAAGUCAAAUCUUGGCUAUAAGAAAAUUGUCUACAGGGAGUAUGAAGAAGAUUUCAAAACAGAAAAACCAAGAAAUGAGCUAUUGGGGCUUCUGGGUCCACUAGUACAUGCCGAAAUAGGAGACACACUCAUCAUUAAUUUUAGGAAUUAUGCUGACAGACCACUGAGCAUUCACCCUCAAUGUGCCGUGUACAGCAAACCGCUAGAGAGUUCCUCAUGUAUUGCCAGGUCAUCAUGUAUAGAAGAACAAGACGAAGCUGUGCCUCCCGGCCAGAUGCGCACAUAUGUGUGGAAGGUGACUGCAGAAAUUGGACCCAAAAAAGCUGAUCCUCCCUGUCUCACAUAUGCCUACUACUCACAUGUAAACAUGGUGGCCGACUUUAAUUCUGGCCUUAUUGGUGCCUUGUUGAUAUGCAAAGAAGGUAGCUUGCAUGAAAACGGUACACAGAAGCUAUUUGACAGGGAAUACGUGUUGAUGUUUGCUGUGUUUGAUGAAAGCAAAAGCUGGGAAAACGGGGCCUCCCUUAUGUACACAAUUAAUGGCUAUGCUAAUGGAACUCUGCCAGAUGUACAAGCCUGUGCUUAUGAUCGUAUUAGCUGGCAUCUGAUAGGGAUGUGUUCCACCCCUGAGAUCUUCUCCAUCCAUUUCAAUGGUCAAACCUUGGAACAAAACAAGCACAGAGUGUCAACUGUUAGCCUUGUUGCAGGGGCAGCAGCAACAGCAAACAUGUCCGUGAGCGUGACGGGAAGGUGGCUAUUAUCAUCACUGCUUGCAAAGCAUCAGGAAGCUGGAAUGCAUGGUUACCUCAACAUAGAAGACUGUGGAAAACCAGACACAAUAACAAGGAUAUUAACCUAUAGAGAAUCGAGGAUGAUUAAGAACUGGAAUUACUUCAUUGCUGCUGAGGAAAUCGUCUGGGAUUAUGCUGAGGAUAUUUCUGACAAUGUGGAUAAACAAUAUAAAACUCAGUAUCUGGAAAAUUUUUCAAAUCACAUUGGCAAGAAGUAUAAAAAGGCAGUUUUCAGGCAAUAUAAGGAUGCCACCUUCACCAAACCUGUAGAUAAUAUUAGAAACAAAGAACUUGGAAUUCUGGGCCCUGUUAUCAGAGCUCAGGUCAGAGAUACAAUCAAUAUUGUAUUCAAAAAUAUGGCCAGUCGGCCCUACAGUAUUUAUGUGCAUGGAGUUACACUUUCAAAGGAGGCAGAAGGAGCUGUUUAUCCUUCAGAUUCCAAAGAGAACAUCACUUUGGGUAAAGCAGUGCCACCAGGUGAAGUCUACACCUAUAAAUGGACUGUACGUGACACAGAUGUGCCCACAGCUGAAGAUGCUCAGUGUGUCACCAGAUUAUACCACAGUGCUGUAGAUAUUACAAAGGAUAUUGCCUCAGGACUGAUUGGACCACUCCUAGUUUGUAAGCCCAAGGCACUUGACACCAGAGGAGUACAGAACAAGGCUGAUACAGAGCAGCAUGCAGUCUUCGCAGUGUUUGAUGAAAACAAGAGCUGGUACUUGGAAGACAAUAUCAAGGAGUACUGCAGCAGUCCUUCCACUGUUAAGCGAGACAACCCCAGAUUCCAAAAGUCCAAUGUCAUGUACACCCUCAAUGGCUAUGCAUGUGACAGAACAGAUAUCCUAGGAUUUUGUGAGGCAACGGUUGUUGAGUGGCAUCUGGCCAGCAUAGGCACACAAGAUAAGAUUGUGCCUGUGCAUCUUUCUGGUCACACUUUCUUGAGCAGAGGAAAACAUCAAGACAUUUUAGACCUUUUCCCCAUGGAUGGUAGAUCAGCUUCUGUGACCAUGGACAAUAUUGGAACAUGGCUUCUGUCAUCAUGGGGCUCCCGUGAGAUGAGCUAUGGCAUGAGACUGAGGUUUAGAAAUGCCAAAUGUAGUGAAUAUAAAAGUGAAGAAGAAGACUACGACUAUGAUAAUAUUUCUGCAAAUGUGGUCCAGUAUUCCCCUGAGACAGAAAAAGGAAAAGAGAAAAAACACAAAAGUGCAAUGUCAGAAGAGCUUCUUCCCCAGGGGGAAAAUGCAGAUACUAUGACUGAGGAGGAUGAAGAACAAGAGAUGCUGGCUUCAAUGCUGGGUCUUCGAACAUUUAAACAGCCAUUGGCUCCAGAAGAAGAGGUGAACUUGACUGCCAUUGCCUUCCAGAAUGAUACUUCUGGCAGCAGCUCUACAAAUGAUACUGGAACCUCUGGGAGCUCACAUCUGGUGUUCACAAACCACAGUGAUAUUUUGCUUAGUGAUAAAGUGCUGGAUAUUCAAAAUACCACUCCUUAUCCAAAUGCAGUUGAGUCCCUUCAUCCCACUUACACAUCUUUUGCAGGAGAGAUUUUGCUUUCAGAUUUUCCUGGGUCAGUUAGCCCCUUGUCAUCUGAGCAAGGCCAAAGUGACCAUGAAGUGAAUGCUACUCAGACUUCAGAGACUUAUAGUCAAACACUCCAAGCCACACAUUUGAGAAUGGAUAAGGGAGUCCACAAUGAAGAUGCAGAAUUAUUGGUUGAUGGAGAGAACAGCUCCAAGCUCACUUUUGCAGUAACCUCUUCAGUGAAGAAGCAAGAAGAAAGUGCAGUUGAAAUGGAUGGAAAGAGUGAAAAGCAAGUUCUGACACUAGCCGUCUUGCAUGCCCUUAAAGAAAUGCAGGCUUUGCUGCUUUAUGUACAACAAAAGAGAAAUCUUUCUGCUUUAGACAAUGUCACUUCAUAUAGUCCAUUUCUUGCUGUUCCCACUGCAGAAAAUGAUAAUUUAUAUGACAUAGAUUAUGAUAACUUUUCAUACUCUUAUGAAGUAGAUAAAGAGAAAGCAAAUACUGAAUCUCCUAUACCUUCAACUAAUUUAACUUUGGCUGUGGGAGAAACAAUGAAAAACCACAGUUCAGAACCACUACAAACUCAUAAACUGGAGCUAUCAAAUGUUCAGCAGUAUGGGAAUUUGUCUUUAGAUAGUGUGUUAGACAGCUUCAUUUCUACUGUCAGUCCAAAGACUGCUAAGAGUUUGAAAAACUCACCACAUCAGAAACAGAAAUGUACCCCCAGAAGGAAAGAUUAUAAAUUGAAUGUUGCCUCUGGGAAAAAGAACUACAAUUCACAAACAGAUCUUAUGAAGAAUGCAGACAAUAAAUUUCAGAACAGCUCCAGCAAUUCCACCGAGCCUUUAGAAAAAGCCACAAUCCUUAAUAAGGAAGGAUCAGCAAAAAAUGGCUCCUAUGUUGAAUUAGACCAACCAGAAAAAAGCAACAAGUACGGAAAGGGAAAUGAGAGGUGUGCUGUUAGAUCAUUUGGAACUUUCCUGACAGCCCGACGAAAGAAAAAAAAUCCCGGUAACUUCUUAGGACCAAGAAGCUCCAAAUCUGUAGUGCCCCCUGGACAACUCAACAACACCCAAUCCUCCAUUAAAGCCAACCACACAGUCCUGAAAGAGGCUACUUACACUGUGGCACAAAACCAGUUUAAACCAAUGGUCAGAAUAGGUCUUCCAGUUGGAAAUGGAGACUAUCAUGAAUAUGAAAUAGACGACACAGACUAUGAGCAGAGUAGCAGUGGUUCAUUUGAAUAUCUGAAAGUACGCUAUGAUGACCCAUAUUCCAUGGAUCCCCGACUUGACACUCAAUCAAUGCGGAACCCUGAAGCUAUAGCUGGUCGGUACCUACGUACUGCUAACACAGGAAACCUAAGAAGAUACUUCAUUGCGGCUGAAGAAGUUUUGUGGGACUAUGUACCAUCGACUAAAAGUACCAAGAAAAGUGCUUCAGCCAGGACAGUGUACAAAAAAGCGAUUUUCCGAAGUUAUGUGGAUGGAACUUUCAAGACACCUGUCAGUAGAGGGGAAUAUGAAGAGCACCUUGGCAUCCUUGGUCCUGUCAUUAGAGCUGAGGAGGCUGACGUCAUCCAGGUUUAUUUUAAAAAUCUGGCCUCCAGACCAUAUUCUCUCCAUGCCCAUGGGCUUUACUAUGAGAAAUCUUCAGAGGGAAGAAGCUAUGAUGAUAUGUCUCCAGAAUUGUUCAAAAAAGAUGAUGCCAUCAUGCCCAAUGAAACCUAUACAUAUGUUUGGUAUGCCUCAAAACGAUCAGGGCCUGUCCAAGAUAAGAGAGCAUGUAGAUCUUGGGCCUAUUACUCAGCUGUAAACGCGGAAAGAGACAUUAACUCUGGCUUGAUUGGGCCAAUUUUGAUCUGUCAAAAAGGGAUGCUUGAUGAGUAUAACAUGCUGAAAAACGUGAGAGCAUUUGUCCUGCUUUUUAUGACCUUUAAUGAAGAAAAAAGCUGGUAUUUUGAUGAACACAUCAAAAGGACCCAUGCUAAGAAAUCCUCCAUAGUCCUACAGCAACAUAAAUUUCCUGCGAUUAAUGGGAUCCAAUACCAGUUGCAGGGUUUGCUCAUGUAUACGGAUGAGGUGGUCCAGUGGCAUUUGCUGAACAUGGGUGGCCCCCAAGACAUUCAUGUCAUUAAUUUCCAUGGUCAGACAUUCACAGAACAGGGAAUGGAAGAUCAUCAACUUGGUGUCUACCCUCUGCUUUCUGGUUCAUUCACUACUGUUGAAAUGACACCAUCAAAAGCUGGUGUGUGGCUUUUAGAAACUGAAGUCAGUGAAUAUGAAGAAGCAGGAAUGCAGGCGUCCUUUACUGUUAUAGAUAAAGAGUGCAGGUUACCUUUGGGCCUGGCAAAUGGCAUUAUACAAGACUCACAAAUCAGUGCUUCAGAUCACAUAGGAUACUGGGAGCCUAAAUUGGCAAGAUUAAAUAAUGCUGGAAAGUACAAUGCUUGGAGUAUUGAGAAGAAAAAUAAUCAUCCAUGGAUCCAGGUUGACCUGCAAAAGCAAGUUCUAAUCACAGGUAUUCAGACCCAGGGAGCCAAGCAACUAAUGAGAUUCCUGUAUACAAAGGAAUAUUUUGUGAGCUACAGCAAAGAUGGGACAAAAUGGAUCACUUUUAAAGGGAACUACACGGGGGCAUACAAGCCUUUUGCAGGUAAUUCAGAUGCUCAUGGAAUAAAAGAAAAUCAGAUUGAUCCUCCGAUAGCUGCUAGAUACAUUAGGGUGUAUCCUACCAAGUUUUUUAACAGGGCUACCCUUCGCAUGGAACUCCUGGGUUGUGAAACAGAGGCAUGCUUUGUGCCACUGGGCAUGGAAACGGGGGCUAUCACAAAUGAACAGAUUACAGCGUCUUCCUUCAAGAGGACUUGGUGGAGUUCCUGGAAGCCGUCUCUUGCCCGUCUGAACCUUAGAGGGCAGACAAAUGCCUGGCAAGCAAAGUCAAACAACCAGCACCAGUGGCUACAGAUUGAUCUCCUUCAACCUAAGAAGAUAACAGGCAUUGCAACACAAGGAGCUAAAUCGAUGACUACUGAAAUGUUUGUGAAAACGUUUUCCAUCCUUUACAGUGAUGAUGGUUCAGAAUGGAAGUCUUACAUGGAUGACUCAAAGUCCUCGGAAAAGGUCUUUACAGCAAAUAUCAACAGUCAUGGGCAGGUGAAAAACUACUUCAAACCACCCAUAGUUUCUGGGUUCAUUCGUGUCAUUCCUAAAACAUGGAAUCAGAGUAUUGCACUUCGUGUAGAACUCUUUGGCUGUGAUGUUCAUUAGGGACUGGAGAGAAAACUUGCUGAAUCAAGAAGCCCCACACUUUUAAACUUGUUCUAACCAACUCAGUUUUACAAGAAAAACAAAACAAGUAUCAGAUAAAACUCUUGUUAGCUUGAGGAUGUUGUACAUAUCUAAGGCACUUUCAGUUGUAGAUUUGAAAUAGCUUUGAAAAUAUCAAUUAAGGGUAUGAUUCUGUAAAUGUUUAAACAGGAAAAAGGCCUGAAACUCACAGUAUUCCCCAGCUAGGUCUGAUCCCUAAAAGACAUUAUUGUAAUAGGAUUACAUAAAACAAACAAGCAACUAUAUUUGCCAUUUUCACUAUGAAUUUAUACUGUAACAUUCCUUAAUGUAUAUCUUAAUGAAUGUAUAUCUUGCCAUCUUAAUAUGCAAAUAAAAAUUAGACUACCUGAUGAAAGACUGAAAUAUCAGCAGCAAUUCGGUUAGGGGAAUGUACAACUUGAUGGCAAUGU